AACAACCUCUCGGUAUUCACUAUGAAAGUCCCUACUUACCAUCUCUUAGGUUUCUUCCUCUUUUUCUUUUUCUACCAUCGUCGAGCGUGGGCGCAUUACAAGUUCGUUGUGAAGGAAGUUCCAUGUACGAGAUUAUGCAGCACGAAGAACAUACUUACUGUGAAUGGCCAAUUUCCGGGACCUACUUUAUAUGUUCACAAAGGAGAUACUAUCAUUGUUGAUGUUUACAAUAGAGGAAAAUAUAAUUUCACCAUUCAUUGGCAUGGAGUGACACAGCCAAGAAAUCCAUGGACGGAUGGUCCAGAAUACAUCACACAAUGUCCUAUUCAACCGGGAGCAAAAUUUAGACAAAAGAUCAUUUUGACAACGGAAGAAGGGACUUUGUGGUGGCAUGCUCAUAGUGAUUGGACACGAGCGACUGUAUAUGGUGCUAUGAUCAUAUACCCCAAGUGGGGAACAACCUAUCCCUUCCCCAAGCCUGAUGCAGAAAUUCCCAUCAUAUUAGGAGAUUGGUGGAAACAAGAUAUAAAGGAGGUAUUGGAUGAACUUCUCCUUUCCGGCGGCGAAGGGAACUAUUCCGAUGCCUUCACCAUCAAUGGCCAACCCGGUGAUCUUUAUCCUUGCUCUAAACAAGAUACAUUCAGACUCAAGGUGGAGAGAGGUUUGACUUAUCUCCUUCGAAUAAUCAACUCUGCUGUGCAAGAUAUGCUCUUUUUCGCCAUUGCAGACCAUAAUCUCACCGUGGUCGGAUCCGAUGCUAGCUACCUAAAACCAUUCAAGAGAAGCUUCAUUGUCAUAUCUCCGGGCCAAACCAUUGAUGUCCUUCUAGAAGCCAACCAAAAUCCCAAUCACUAUUACAUGGCCGCCAAAUCGUACACUGUUGCUGCAGAAGGUGUUUUCGACAACACCACCACCACAGCUAUUGUAGAAUACAGUGGAAACUACACUCCAUCUUCGCCACCGUUGUUUCCUUAUCUUCCUUACUAUAACGACACACUUGCAUCUGUUAAUUUUACAGCCAGUCUUCGGAGCUUAGCUGAUAAGGAGCAUCCAAUUGACGUGCCAAUGGAAAUAAACACAUACUUGUUCUAUACUCUUUCAAUGAACACAUUUCCAUGCCCAAACAACUCAUGCUCGGGGCCAAAUGGGACGAGACUCUUAGCUAGUGUGAACAACAUAAGUUUUGUCAAUCCUGAAAUUGAUAUAUUAGAAGCUUACUAUUAUUGUAUUCCUGGUGUGUUUGGGAUCCGGUUUCCUGAUUUUCCUCCGUUAUUUUAUAACUUCACUGAGGAGUAUUAUCCAUUGAGCUACGAGAUACCGACUCGGGGGACAGAAGUGAAGAUACUGGAUUAUAAUUCCACAGUGGAGCUUGUUUUUCAAGGGACAAGCUUGCUUCUAGGCAGCGACCAUCCAAUGCAUCUUCAUGGGUUUAGUUUCUAUGUUGUGGGGGUGGGUUUGGGGAAUUUUGAUAAUGAGAAGGAUCCCUUAACCUAUAAUCUGGUCGACCCUCCCCUUCAAAACACCAUUAUUGUCCCCGUAAAAGGCUGGCUCACCAUUAGAUUCAAAGCUAACAAUCCUGGAGUGUGGUACAUGCAUUGCCACUUCGAUCGACACAUGGUCUGGGGCAUGGAUGCAGUAUUCAUAGUUAAAAAUGGCAAAUCUCCAGAGGCCAAACUGCCACCACCACCGAACGACAUGCCACCGUGUUAUUAUAAGGCUGUACCAAUUACAUCCAAGGUUGCAAAUUCUCUGGGUCCAGAUAUAUGUCCUAUACGUAUGGAGAUAAAGUAGCAUUGCAAUUUUCCAAAGUAUAUAGGCGUAAUGUCAAUAAAAAUCCUUAAGUAUUACGAAAAAGGUCAUUGUGUCCCACUACUUAAAAAAAAUUGUAAUAAUCUCUCUAGUUUGAUAAUUACUGUUUUUUUUCAAUAAAAAAUUAUAAAUUAA